UUGCAGAAGGAACCGGAUACAAAGGAGCGGUCAGUGUUCGAUAUUCCAAUAUUUACCGAGGAGUUUUUAAACCACAGUAAAGCGCGAGAAGCCGAGCUGCGCCAGCUGCGCAAGUCCAACAUGGAGUUUGAGGAAAGGAACGCGGCCCUCCAGAAGCACGUGGAGAGCAUGAGGACUGCGGUGGAGAAGCUGGAGGUGGACGUGAUCCACGAGCGGGGUCGCAACACGGUGUUGCAACAGCACUUGGAAACCUUACGCCAGGCUCUGGCCAGUAGCUUUGCCGGGGUCCCCUUACCAGGGAGCGGGGAGAUCCCCACCUUAGACACUAUUGAUUCCUACAUGAAUCGUCUGCACAACCUUAUCCUGGCCAACCCACAGGAGAAUGAGACUCUUAUAGCGACAGUCCGGGAGGUGGUAAACCAUCUUGAACGUUAAUCACUGGGUGAGUUUCUAGUACCUGAUCAGGGCCUCUGGAAAGGCAGAGCUGAACUGAACCCGCGCCGUACUAAAACCACAGGCAGCUCAUAGAGCAAACUCACAGCAUUUGUUCACAGAUAACCAGUCCUCCCAUGAUGUUUUAGUUUCAGUCAUGUUUAUGCCU